AUGAAGGUCUUCCUGCAUUACGAAGACAAUGACAAUGCCGAUUACCACAAGACUUUAAAGAUCACACUACCAAAGAGCUGGAAAAGUGGUCCAGCCUCCAAUCUGCUCUCUCAAUUCGUCGAAUCCUACAAUGCCAAGUUCGAAGAGACCAAUCCACUCUCAGUUGAAAACAUGCACUUGAGCUUGCGAAAGGUCAUUGAACGAUCCGAAAAGAGUGAGCUGGUGGCACUUUGCAGUGAUGAUGUGGUCAUUGACGAAAUUCCUGAUAGGGGAGAUGUCUACAUUUGUCACGGUGCUAGCAAGACCAAGGGUGACAUGGAAGCGGAAGAAAAGGCGGUCCGUAAAGAGCAAGAAGAUUUGUUGAAAAAUACCGUGUCGUGCACACGUUUUGGAUGCUCCAAUCGUUUUAGGAAAGAAGGACCAGUUCCAGAUUGCCAAUACCAUAGAUUGCCUCCAGUCUUUCACGAAACCGCAAAGUAUUGGGCUUGUUGUCCUAAGAAAAAGGCAUAUGAUUGGGAGGAGUUUCAACGAAUUCCCGGAUGUAUGACGGGGAAGUGCACUGAUGUCAAGGAAGACGGACAAAAGCUAUUCUUGGGAGGAACUGAUUUGCGAGAGCAAGCGAGCGAGGGAGCGAAACUGAAGAGUAUUGAUGAUUUUAACAAGGCGCAAGCCCAAGGUGGAGAAGCGGCACCAGUUUUGGAUAGACUUAAGAAGGUUAUGCAAGAGUUGGAUGUCGAGCCCGAACUUUUUGAUCAAGUAGUCAAUGGGAUCAAGAAGGAGUUAGAACCACAAGGACUUGCUGAUGCCGAUCUAUUGAAGGCAGUGGCCGAUGAGUUGGGUUCCAAUCUAAAAAAGAUGAUGAAAAACGUUGCUGCAGAGCAAUUGAGAAUAAAAUAA